GAAAGCCUUACUCUUUUCAGUUGUGGCUGUGUAAUAUUUACUUUCAUAUAUAAAACCCAUUAUCGAUGGGCAUCAAUCCCUCAUUCUGCCUUGCACGCUAGACACGAGUUAUCGAAGAUGUAUACUUGGUUCCUUUUUUCCAUCGGCUUAAUGACGAGCUCAGUCCCGCUGAUUCGUGCCGACGACUAUGGAUGGGGAGAGUGUCCAAAAGUCGAUCCUGUCCCAGACUUUGAUUACAAUAAGUUUUCCGGUCUGUGGUAUGUGAUCGAAAAAUUCGAUUUGUCUUCGCCCUGUUGGACAUACUAUUUCAUCAACCAGAACGGCACAAGAAAAUUGAUUCAAACAUAUAAUCAGACGGUGAACGAGCGCGAACCAGAAAAAACCCCAGGCACGGUGGGGGAUCUUGAAAUUAUCCACGAAAGCGAACCUGGCUUCAUGAGUGUUAAAUUUUCUGACAACAUAAUCGGAAAAGCUGACUACAUUAUAUAUUUUACGGACUACGAAAACUAUGGUGGAAUAUUCAGAUGUCAGAAAUUCUUGUUUGGUCAUCGCCGAUCGGCGACUAUUUUAUCCAGAAAGCCUUACUUAUCGCAGUCGUUCACGAAUCAGGCUCGCGCAAAAUUGCUUAGCUACAAGAUUGACAUCACUUCGUUCAAAAGUGUCGAUCCAUACUUUUGCAAAUACCCAAAAAGUCUGAAAUCUCCCUCCAAUUCAACCGAAUCUCCAGAAUUUUCUUGGCCAGGGAAUUGAAGCGAUUAUUCAACUAUGGUGCUCCAUCCGUCAAAUUAUUCCCACAAGAAAUCUUUCCACAUUCAAUAAUCAAUACACUGCUUUGUGUUAUUCUGACUAUUAAA